CCGAUCAUUAUGCCCUAUACGACGUUGUUUGCACGGACAUAAGCCUUUUAAGGCAAAAAGUACGGCAUGAAACCAGUUUAUACAAUAGUUUACGAACAUGAUAGUUUAUACCGUAUACAUUUGCUUUUUAAAGUCGUUGGUUGGGCAGAGCUUAUCAGUUUGUGAUUGUCUGUGCAUUUCAGUAGACUAAGGCAAUAUAAAGUAUAUAUGUUGCCGAACCUAGUAUGUAGGUCAAUAUACAAACAAACAAUAAACUAAGGUGGAUAAUGAACCGCGUCUACCAUAUGUAACCUAUUGGUAGAUGCAAUGCUGCCUAUCGUGAGAAGUAUGUGGGAGAUACAGCCAUGGAGAAGCAUUUGGUACAUACGAUCCUAACGUGCAGUGCCAAGUCAUAGGGAAAAAAGAACUCUGCUGCAUAAAGUGCAACAAAGAGCCAGAGUGAAAGAGGGACUCUUUGUGUAACCACUUACACCGAGUCUCAGCACUAUGGCGUUGUAUACAGGUAGAUUGCCGCCACACAUUGUUAAAUUUGAUCUCGAUCAGAUCUUUGGCAGGUACGGUACGAUCAUUCGUCGCAGUGCCAAGAAAUAUUACUACCAUCGUUAUUAUAUUUGCGCCAUUAUUAAUAAGGAGUUGUUGCUGUUUCACUAUGGUCGCUCGUCUCGUCGUGAUUAUAACAGCAAGGGCAACUCUGAUUCUCGCUCACCUGUAGGUCGUCGUAGUCGUCGUCGCGGCUCUAGCACUCGUCAUCAUAAGCGUAGAAGCGAUGGCAGCGAGGCAAGUCACUUUUCAAGACUGUAUCGUGCAGUUUCAUUAAAACGUCGUGACCAAGAAAGCAGCAACAACGAGAGGUCGAGAUCGCCGUCGUCGUCUCGUCACAACAGUGAUAGUAGUAGCAGCAGCAAUAGCAUCACAUAUUCUUCUCCGACUAAAAAGGAAAAGCACGGAAGCAGCGGUGGUGAUGAGGAUGGUGCUCCUAGGUCUCCUGGACGCCACCAUCGUCAUCAUCGUCAGCAAUACAAAGCAGGGCAUUAAAGAGCAACAAUCAAGAUGAAACACUUUCUACUUGCAAAACUGAACAGACCAGGCCGAAGCUGACAAAGAAAGUAAGAACAAGCUAAGACACAUUGCAACAAAACAAGAAAAAUGCACAGAUCGGAUGU